UCCUCUUUAGUUAAGUAACGCAACAUCGUAACGUUGAGUUUCCCCAUUCUCUCGUUUUAUCCUUCAGUAUUUUAUGAUCAAAUGGAACACUGCACUCGAUAAUUACGAGCUAUCUUGAUUUUUCCAGUAAUUUUGAAGCCUAACACUUGGGAUUUCUCUGGUUUUUCUCGUUUUAAGCUCACGUGUGACUGGUAAACAUAGAAAUAGUGGACCUCACGUGGACUUAACACUAGAAAUUGUAGGUUAUGUCAGAUGAGGUAACUUGAGGGCCUUGAGGGUAGUAGAACGGUAUUGAAAUGUCAAAAAAGGUGUUUGUAACAGUUGGAACCACAAAAUUCGAUAAAUUAAUCGAAACAAUAACGAAAGAUGAAGUUCUGAAGGAACUGAGCAGGCGAGGCUACGACCACUUGAUCCUCCAGAUAGGAGCUUCGACAAUAGACCCAAACUGCACUCCUCGUUGUGGAAUGAAGAAAGUAGAAUUCUUCAGGCUGAAGCCUUCUAUCCAGGAGUACAUGAGGAGUGCAGAUCUCGUGAUAAGUCACGCAGGUGCUGGCAGUUGUCUGGAGGCUCUGGAGGCUGGGAGACAUCUGAUUGUCGUCACUAAUGAACUUUUGAUGGACAAUCAUCAGCUGGAACUCGCUGAGCAGUUGGGGAAGGACAAUCACUUGUAUCAUUGCACCUGUGAGGAUCUCCUGGAGACCCUGAGGGUCAUGGAUCUUGGAAGAUUGGUGCCUCUAGUUGGGGAUAACAGUGAGAAGAUUGCUAGGACCAUCGAUCGAUUGAUGGGAGUUUAGGAGAAAUUAUUUCUCCUGAUUUUUUUGUAGAAUAAUUAAUAUAUUGUGGGGCUGUUGGAAUAAAAAAAAUCGUUUAGCAGAGAAUAUUUGAGAAUAAUUACGAAGAGUUCGUGAAUUCAAUGAAUGAAUGAAUUAAUUAAUUUUACAAUUGAAUAAAAACGCCAAAUAAUGUUUCAAAUUAUCGAUUUAUUCUCCUUAU